AUGGAGAUGAUUGUUGAGGGUUGUCAUCAGUCCUUUGAUGAUUUCGACUUGGAAAAUGAUACCCAUUUUCAGUCACGCCUCCGGUAUUUUGGUGGGUUAUUUUUGUCAGUCUACCAGGGCUGGGUUUACUUCCUACACCAGACAGCUCGCGAAUUCCUACUUGGGGAUUUCACAUCAUCCACGACCAUCGCCCUCGAGCCACGCUGGCAUCAUUCAACCACGCUCCAAGCGGCGCACACCGUCAUCGUAGAGAUCAAUGUCCCCUAUCCGAAUUUUGUUGACCUCAGCUUUUCUACGCCAGACACAGAGGAAGAAAUGGACGCAUUAUUGGGCAUCUAUCCCUUCUCCAGUUGCUAA